AUGCUACGCUCUGCUCUCUACUACUCACGUCCCCGAGCUCGUUUCAUCCAUAACACGCUCGACUAUAGAGCUCUACGUGCCUUAGUACAGCAUGGACCCGUGAAACAUUUCUCGUCCAGUUCGUUCAACUCAGUCGAGCCAGCUAUCCGAUCUAUACCCUCAACCAGCAAUACAGCUGAUGAAAACGUAUACCAAGGACCAUUAACCGCGACCUUUAGGCGGCUCAAGAUAUUCUCUUUGGGUUCUUUCACGCUAUCCUUUACUUUAGCCCCCUUCAUAUUUGUCAUCGAUUCAAGUUUACCGGCAUUCGCUCGACUGGCGUUGGCCUUUACAGCCAUCUCGACUUCGGGAGUUAGUACAGCCCUCGUAGCAUGGGUUGCGAGACCAUAUGUCUCUACACUGCGGCGACUCGGAGCCGAACGCGACAAAGGAGUGCAAGGGAUAGAAAUGACCACAUCUACGCUGUUGUUGAAUCCCCGCAUAACUCGUGUUUACGACUAUGAUUUUUUGGUUGAUACUCAACGACCCUUCGCCAAAUGGGAGCUAGCUAGGGAAGUUGCUUUACCCGUGCCUCAGGACGGAUCAUCUCUCCCGCCAGCGGGUAAGGAGGAAACUAUCGCCGAAACUUUCAACAAGGAUGGUAAUUUAGUCGGUACUUGGGUAGUCAGAUGGGGAGAGAAAGGUGAAGGUGAUUGCAGGGCAGUCGGGAGGGUAGAUCGACAUUUCAAUGUUCAUCUGGAACUACUACGUUAA